CAUCCGUAGAGUCAAGAGUGCGUGUGCCUUGCCCUGUGACCGCCGCAACGAUCGAACAACUCACUGCUAUAUUCGUCAGGCCUCCUUUGGACAACACCCCAGAAUUUGUUCAAGGUUCAAAGUUGCCACUUUCCGGUCAGCUCCGCGACGCUGUCCUCGUUGUCCUUGCAACUUCCUUACCAAUCACCACUUUGCUGCGUCAGGGCCGCAAUCAUGAAUCCCGAAUACGAUUACCUUUUCAAGCUUCUCCUGAUCGGAGACUCUGGUGUUGGAAAGUCAUGCUUGCUGCUGCGAUUUGCCGAUGACACCUACACGGAGAGCUACAUCUCGACUAUCGGUGUAGACUUUAAAAUCCGAACCAUCGAGUUGGACGGCAAGACUGUUAAGCUUCAAAUCUGGGACACUGCUGGCCAGGAACGUUUCCGAACAAUUACAUCCUCAUACUAUCGCGGCGCACACGGCAUCUGUGUCGUGUACGAUGUCACCGACAUGGACAGUUUCAACAAUGUCAAGCAAUGGCUGCAAGAAAUUGACCGAUACGCCACCGAGGGCGUGAACAAGUUGUUGGUGGGCAAUAAGAGCGAUAUGGCAGACAAGAAGGUUGUUGAGUACAGCGUUGCAAAAGAAUUUGCCGACAGCCUCGGGAUUCCUUUCCUUGAGACUUCGGCCAAGAACGCCAGCAACGUCGAGCAGGCUUUCUUGACCAUGGCUCGCCAGAUCAAGGAGCGCAUGGGCAACACGACCGUCAACAAUAAGCCUACGGUGCAGGUCGGCCAGGGCUCAAAUGUGCAGUCCGGCAGUGCUGGCGGCUGCUGCUAGAGCCUUCCCAAUCCGAUAUCCUUUGCGCACUGUGUUGUUUUCAUGGCGUGGGAUGCGAGGUGGAAUGAUGGUGUGCGACCGCCAACAAUUCGCCACAUACACAUCCUCACGCACUCGUAGAAUAAUCAUAUUCGCCUCGCGUCUGUUUAGAUAAUCACGAUGGAUAUGCGACAUGGGGAAGCGCGUCCAAUGCUUCGCUCAGGUCUGGCUUGACCGAUGAAGUUAAGAUACGCAUAAUGAGAAAUGU